GUGCAACACACACGCACACUCACGAAAUCAUUGGUUCUUUCUGAGGAUAGACCGUAUGCAGUUCGCUGGAAAUGAGACGCAGGUCAAAAGAAAGGCUUCACCAGACAGAGAAAAACACCUUUUACUUUUGGACCUUAGUUCCAUAUCUUUGCUGAGAAGCACAGGCUCGUCAUUGUGCCUUCUAUACGAAGCAUUAGGUUCAAGUUGGCAGAUCUAACUUUUGAGGUUUCGCUUCGUAGCCAUGGCGGACUCGAAAGUGAAGGACAUGGGCCUGGCAGAGUUUGGCCGCAAGGAGCUGACAUUGGCAGAGCAUGAAAUGCCAGGUCUCAUGGCUGCUCGGAAGGAGUUUGGUCCUUCACAACCCUUCAAGGGAUUGAACAUCAAUGGCUCUUUGCACAUGACCAUCCAGACAGGUGUGCUCAUCGAGACCUUGGCCGCUUUGGGCGCCAAGGUGCGUUGGUGUUCUUGCAACAUCUUCAGCACUCAGGAUCAUGCUGCCGCAGCCAUCGCCAAGGCAGGCACUUCCACGGUCUUCGCAUGGAAGGGAGAGACGCUGCCGGAGUACUGGUGGUGCACUGAGCAGAUGAUGACGGUGCCCGGAGCUGAUGGUUGUGAUCAGUUGGUGGAUGAUGGAGGUGAUGCCACUCUCUUGGUGCACAAGGGCAAGGAGUUGGAGGAGAAGUUUGCCAAGGAUGGCAGCUUGCCAGACCCAGCAAGCACCACCAACGCCGAGUUCAAGUGUGUCCUGCAGGUGUUGAGGGAUUCGAUCCAGGCAGACAAGACCAAGUACACCCGAAUGGCUGCCAAGUGCAAGGGCGUCAGUGAGGAAACCACCACCGGUGUGCACCGCCUUCGUGAGAUGGCGGCCAAGGGUGAGCUGCUCUUCCCGGCCAUCAACGUGAACGAUUGCGUGACCAAGUCGAAGUUUGACAACGUCUAUGGCUGUCGCCACUCGCUGCCCGACAGCAUCAUGCGUGCCACAGAUGUGAUGAUUGGUGGCAAGCGUGCCCUGGUGGCCGGCUACGGAGAUGUUGGAAAGGGCUGUGCCUUUGCAAUGCGAGGAGCUGGGGCUCGUGUGCUGAUCACAGAGAUUGAUCCCAUUUGCGCCUUGCAAGCAUGCAUGGAAGGUUUCCAGGUGGUGACCAUUGAGGAAGUGGUGGGCGAGGUUGACAUUUUUACAUCUGCCACUGGCAAUUUCAAGAUCAUCACCCUGGAGCAUAUGAAGAAGAUGAAGAACAAUGCCAUUGUUUGCAACAUUGGUCACUUUGACAAUGAGAUUGCCAUGGAGGAUUUGGAGAAUUUCCCCGGCAUCAAGGUUGAGAACAUCAAGCCGCAGGUGGACCGCUUUGUCUUCCCUGAUGGCCAUGGUGUGAUCGUCUUGGCAUCUGGCCGCCUGGUGAACCUGGGAUGCGCGACCGGCCACCCUUCCUUUGUGAUGUCGUGCUCCUUCACCAACCAAGUCUUGGCUCAGCUUGAUAUUCUAGAGAAUUGCACCAAGGCCAAGAAGUACAAGAAUGAUGUGUACCUGCUGCCCAAGAAGUUGGAUGAGAAGGUGGCAUCUCUGCACUUGCCAUCCCUGGGAGCAAGCCUCACCAAGCUCUCCAAGGAGCAAGCUGAGUACAUUGGCGUGAAGGUGGAGGGACCUUUUAAGAUGGAUCACUACCGCUACUAAAUGACGUCGAGUCGCAGUGAGUGUGCCUGGAUUGCAGUUCCAGUUGCAGCACGUAGUGGCAUGUAGCAGCUGCCAGCCUUUUCUUGAGGUUUCCCUUUGCAGCAAAGCUUGCCCUUGGCGGAAAGCGUUUGGAAAUUCUAUUCGCGGAUCCCAAGGGACCUGGGCUGCUGAGGAAGUCGACAACAUUAAGUGCAGUGAGGAAAGAACUUGGCAGGCGCUUAAGCAGAGGCAGCUGUGAGCAGCUUUGAUUUAGUCAUUGCUCCUAAAGCCAAUGAAAAACAACCUUAGAUCUAGCGUUUGGAGUCAGACAAGGGCUUAUCCGCCACAAGUUUCUCAAGCAUUUGUGGUUGACACCCCGAACAUAGA